CUACUGCUCAUGCAUCUUCUAAUUAAACUACCGUUGUCAGUGUGAAGUUAUAAGAGUGAAUGCAUUACAAACGCAUGUCAUUGCUCGUGCCUCUAGUUUGUGACAGUGUAUGCUGGGGGCAAGUAAAGUGCUUGCUGGAGCAACUGAAGAUCGUUGAAGGGUUGGAUACUUUCCUAGAGACGCUGACUUCUAUUCUAAAUCUAACGACUGAGGACAAUAAUAACGCAGACGCUGGUGACUGGAAGAAAAGUGUGAUUGAUGGAUGGCAAAUGUUCUGGAAUGAAGCAUCAAUCGAAGAAGUGGAAAUAUUCCUGAAUAAGAUACUACCUGUGAUAGCCAACUUUGCUGCUAUGUUGGACAUACUGGUGCCACCCACAGGACUGCAAUAUCAUUUGCAGUACGAAGGUAACCCUUACUAA